AUGAGUAACUGCGAAGAUGCUUCCGAAAGCUCAUUGGAUCCGCUAGCAUCCUUACGAAGAAAUUCAAGCAUCGCCGACUUCUCGAAGCUGUUUCGCCGUCGACGCCAUGCUUCUCACAAAUUUCGAAGCCGAUAUUCGCAAUCCAUCGACACAUCUGAGGCAUACGGAUCCGAGAACAGCCAAGUCCUAUACAUGGCACCGAAGCAGAAAGCGAGGGCGCGAGACCCGUCUUUGUCCUGCAUCAGCAAUGCGUCGAAUCGAAGGAUGGACGGAUCACCGGACACCAAGGCAGACGUUAGGGAGGCAGAUCUAGAACAGCAGGCAGCCUUGAACAUCAUAGAUCGGGAGAUCUUUGAGUGGCAAUACGUCUGCCAGACAGGUCGCCCAUACUGGUGGUCGCCAGAAGCAAAAUACCAUCGCAUCACGAAGGUUCCACCGCGAACCACGAACGAAUCAGGCCCGAGGAUAUGGUACAGGGAGGUUGACGAGCGUCCGAAAGCCGCAUACGAGGUUCAACGCCGAGCAGUUUCCGACAGCUUUCUCUCGGAUCCAAGCACUAUCCACGACCUAGCACAACUCGUCGCCAUCCAGCUUCUCGGCGCAUGCUUCACACUCCCACCAGACUCGAUUGUUGGACUGCCAUCCCCGAAUUACACAAUCUUGGAUAAACAUGGCUCAACACGACUCCCAGAUCCUCGAAUGAUCAGCUCGUUGCGGAUGCAUACUAAUUUUCGAUAUUCUCCGAGUUUCGGACAUCAACCGCGCAACUCGUCGCCUACCCAGGUAUGGCAUGGAACCUAUGAUGGCUCCUCUCCACCUCCGUCUCCGCGAGCGGGAAAGAUGAGGGCGGUGACACCGGAUAUCGGAACAUCUGGAGGUCCAUCAAAGCGGCCAAGACUUCAUCGAGCCCUACAUCCAACUGAAGGAUCGGGUUUAGAAGGGUGCGAGGUAGGGGAGCAGGGAUCUUGCUGCAACAAUGAGGGACUGGAUCCACCGGCUACAGAGACUGCCUGGUACCGGGGACAAGGCGUCCAUCAUGCGGAUUGUAAAUCGUUCAAGUUUCCACAAUUCCCACGGAAAUCCCAGGAAUAUUGCGAAGGAGAUCGCCCGGCUUCCGAAGCGUAUCGUAUUUCCAAACCAUCACCUAAGAUGAAUUAUCUCCUUCAACCAAUGCUCAGAUCCGAACCACAGCAUGUGUUUGUACAGCCAGUCAGAGAGUUGGUGGUCAAGCGAUGGAGAUCAUUCACACGUCGGUUCGGAGGAGGUCUGCAUUGUGCUUUGCCACGAAGCCGAUCAGAAUACCACACGUCAGGCUCUGAGUCUGAUGCGAGUGAGGUAUCUAGCCUAGCUCUGAGUACUGACGCAAGGAAGAGGAGACUGAGGGCACAAGAGAGGGGUGAUAUCCACAGUUCCAGCGUCGAAAGUACCCCGCACUUCAACUCCCCAGCGAGUGAAGCGUAUUCUCCGGACCCUGGUGGCAGAAUCAGUCCUUGCUUAAUUGAUUCCCCAGACGCCUCGACCUCCACACCUGCAGAAACUCUCAGCAGGGCUGCAUCUCCAACGCAAGCUGACAUCAGGUCUCUCGUGAAAGGCAAAAAGCCGAUGUUGGAGCCUGUCUCUUCAUCGCAUACCUUGAUCUUCGCGAGGAGUCAAACUUGUCCGAAAAGUUCGAUUUUGGCCAGUGGCGGUUCUAUGCACUCAAAGUUUGAUUCGCCUCCGUCUUUCCCCUCCCAGUCCCCAUCACCCACGUCUUCUCAUUCAUAUUCCUCGAGGAAGACUGCCAACAGACAACGAAGACGAAGCAUGCUUUCAGAAGUUUAUACACCAGAGGACUUCCAAAAUCAUUCUAGAGCAAAAGAGCUGGCGGAGAGGAGCAUUCUGAUUGCGGCUGGGAGCACACUUGUAAGUCCCAUGGAAGAAACUCUGCCAAGACUCAACACCCAGGUUCGAAGGCAGGAACAAGAGGAUGCCACUCCUGGUUGGUCUUUUGGUGCGUUUAAUAGUACGACGGACUUGAGAGUCAGCCACAGGGAGAGUCCAGGAUUUCCAAGAACGAGCACCAGCGGAACUCAAAUCUUCACCCCGGAAUCUGACGGAGUUGAGCUUGACGGACUUCCAGUCGGACCAGACAGAAGUCGUUGGGCACGGAAAGGAGGUAGAAGAGAGAGGACGUACUUGUGA